AACCAUGGGACUGCUGGUAUCGAUGGACCCAAUGGACCCAAUGGGACUGCUGGUACCGAUGGGUCCAAUGGCACCGAUGGACCCAAUGAGACCAGUGGUACCGAUGGGCCUAAUGGCACUGAUGGACCCAAUGGACCCAAUGGGACUGGUGGAACCCAUGGGACUGGUGAUACCGAUGGGCCCAAUGGCACCAAUGGACCCAAUGGACCCAAUGGGCCUGCUGGUACCAAUGGGCCCAAUGGACCCCAUGGGACCGGUGGUACCGAUGGGACCAAUGGCACCGAUGGAACCUAUGGACCUGAUGGCACUGCUGGUACCGCUGGUACCGAUGGGCCCGAUGGACCCGAUGGACCCAUUGGGACUGCUGGUACCGAUGGGCCCAAUGGCACUGAUGGACCCCAUGGGACUGCUGGUACCAAUGGGCCCAAUGGCACCGAUGGACCCAAUGGAACUGCUGGUACCGAUGGACCCAAUGGACCCAAUGAGACUGAUGGUACUGAUGGUACCGAUGGGCUCAAUGGACCUGAUGGACCCAAUGGACCCAAUGGGACUGGUGGAACCCAUGGGACUGCUGGUACCGAUGGGCCCAAUGGCACCGAUGGACCCAGUGGACCUGAUGGGACUGGUGGUACCGAUGGGCCCAAUGGCACCAAUGGAACCUAUGGAUCUGAUGGGACUGCUGGUACUGAUGGACCCAAUGGACCCAAUGGGACUGCUGGUACCGAUGGGCCCAAUGGGACAGAUGGACCCAAUGGACCCGAUGGGACUGGUGGUACCAAUGGGCCCAAUGGCACUGAUGGACCCGAUGGAUCCAAUGGAACCAAUGGACCCAAUGGAUCCAAUGGAACCAAUGGAACCAAUGGACCCAAUGGAACCAAUGGAACCAAUGGAGCCAAUGGAGCCAAUGGACCCAAUGGACCCAAUGGAUCCAAUGGAACCAAUGGAACCAAUGGACCCAAUGGACCCAAUAGGACCAAUGGAACCAAUGGAACCAACGGAACCAAUGGAACCAACGGAACCAAUGGAACCAACGGAACCAAUGGAACCAACGGAACCAACGGAGAACUAACAAAAUCAAUGGAACCAAUGGACCCAAUGGACUCAAUGGAACCAACGGAGCCAAUGGA